AUGAACGAAAAUCUAUUCGCCUCUUUCACUACCCCAACAAUAAUAGGAUUACCUAUUGUUAUUUUAAUUAUUAUAUUUCCAAGCAUUUUAUUCCCUUCACCUAACCGACUAAUUAAUAACCGUCUAGUUUCACUCCAACAAUGACUAGUACAACUAACAUCAAAACAAAUACUGGCUAUUCAUAAUCAUAAAGGACAAACCUGAGCCCUAAUACUAAUGUCCCUAAUUCUAUUUAUUGGGUCAACAAACUUAUUAGGCCUAUUACCCCACUCAUUCACCCCAACUACCCAAUUAUCAAUAAAUUUAGGAAUAGCUAUCCCGCUAUGAGCCGGCACUGUAAUUACCGGGUUUCGCCACAAGACUAAAGCAUCUCUGGCCCACUUUCUACCACAAGGAACACCUGUCCCCCUAAUUCCUAUGCUUGUAGUCAUUGAGACUAUCAGCCUCUUUAUCCAACCUAUAGCUCUCGCCGUACGACUUACAGCCAACAUCACCGCAGGUCACUUAUUAAUACAUCUAAUUGGAGGGGCCGCCCUAGCCCUGAUAAACAUUAGCACCUCUAUUGCCUUAAUCACCUUUACCAUUCUCAUUUUACUAACAAUCCUUGAAUUUGCCGUAGCCCUAAUCCAAGCCUAUGUUUUUACCCUGCUAGUAAGCCUAUACUUACAUGAUAACACCUAA